AUGAGGGCAGUCAACAACCGUCUACUGGCCCUAACGGCCUUCAUAGUCUUCAUAGGCUUUAUGAAUCUCCCAACGGCCCUUGCACUUCCUAACACUUCAAGACUAUCUUCCAUUCAUUCGACUGGCGAAACGCCCAAAGGCAACGACCGUACAUAUGGUUCCCUGUUCAGCUCUCUCAAGGGGGCCAUUGUGAAACGCGCCCCCCAAUCAUCCUCUCGCCCUCCAUGGUGGUGGCCAUACGGCGAGUCUGGAAUAAACUAUUCGCCUGGUCAAAUUGGCGGAGAAGGGCCCUCGCAAUAUCCUCCGAAUUGGCCAGGGCAGCCAGGGCCACAAGGUCCCAAAGGUCCCCCAGGUCCCCAAGGUCCCCAAGGUCCCGCUGGCCCAACAGGAGCAACUGGUCCAAAGGGAUCGACUGGUCCAAAGGGAGAUGUCGGUAGCCAGGGCCCUCAGGGAGGUAUCGGACCUAUCGGACCUGCUGGACCCACUGGCCCGGCCGGACAGAACGGCGCCGUGGGACCUCAAGGACCGGUUGGCCCUGCUGGCCCCAACGGAGCGGUUGGUCCUGCUGGACCCGUUGGACCUAACGGAGCGGUUGGACCUGCUGGCCCAACUGGCCCUAUUGGCCCAACCGGUCAAACUGGUCCUCAAGGCCCUAACGGUGCAACUGGCCCUACCGGACUGACUGGCCCGGCUGGUCCUCAAGGUGAAACCGGCCCUACUGGGUUGACCGGUGCGGUUGGUCCUCAAGGUCCUGAAGGUGAAACUGGCCCUACUGGACUAACUGGCGAGGCUGGCCCUCAAGGCCCUCCCGGAAAUGAUGGAGCCCCUGGUGCUCAAGGACCUGCUGGCAACGACGGAGCUCCCGGCAAUGACGGUGCUCAAGGCCCUCAAGGCCUUCCCGGAAACGACGGAGCCCCUGGUACUGAAGGCCCUCAAGGUCCUCCUGGUAAUGAUGGAGCUCCUGGUGCCCAAGGACCUGCCUUCCCGGCAACGACGGAGCUCCUGGUGCUCAGGGCCCUCAAGGCCUUCCUGGCAACGACGGAGCCCCCGGUGCUCAAGGCCCUCAAGGACUUCCCGGCAACGAUGGAGCUCCCGGUGCCCAAGGACCUGCAGGCAACGAUGGAGCCCCUGGUGCUCAAGGUCCUCAAGGCCUUCCCGGUAAUGACGGAGCUCCCGGUGCUCAAGGCCCUCAAGGCCUUCCUGGCAACGACGGAGCCCCUGGUGCUCAAGGCCCUCAAGGCCUUCCUGGCAACGAUGGAGCUCCCGGCACUGAUGGUGCUCAAGGUCCUCAAGGCCUUCCCGGCAACGACGGAGCCCCCGGUGCUCAAGGCCCUCAAGGCCUUCCUGGCAACGAUGGAGCUCCCGGCACUGAUGGAGCUCCUGGUGCUCAAGGCCCUCAAGGCCUCCCUGGAAACGACGGAGCCCCCGGUGCUCAAGGCCCUCAAGGCCUUCCCGGUAAUGACGGAGCUCCUGGUGCUCAAGGCCCUCAAGGCCUUCCCGGUAAUGACGGAGCUCCCGGUGCUCAAGGCCCUCAAGGCCUUCCCGGUAAUGACGGAGCUCCCGGCACUGAUGGAGCUCCUGGUGCUCAAGGCCCUCAAGGCCUUCCCGGUAACGAUGGAGCUCCCGGCACUGAUGGAGCUCCUGGUGCUCAAGGCCCUCAAGGCCUUCCCGGCAACGACGGAGCCCCCGGUACUGAUGGAGCUCCUGGUGCUCAGGGCCCUCAAGGCCUUCCUGGCAACGACGGAGCCCCCGGUGCUCAAGGCCCCCAAGGUAUCCAAGGCGCUCAAGGACCUCAAGGACCUCCAGGCCCGGGUACAUAUGCGGCGUCCUGGGACUAUGCUGGUUGCUAUGAUGCCGCCGAGGGCCUCUUCGGAUUCACCAAUGUCGUGUUUGAGACACCCGUGGACACCUCCAUUGACGACUGCUCGACUAUCUGUUCAACCAGGGGUGCUGGCGGUAACCCUACCUUCUACUUUGCGCUUGCAACGGACGUGA